UAAUCCCCGGGGGAGGGGGCCGACCCGGAUGGCCGUGCCCUCGUCGGGUUCCUGCAGACCCAGCCCCGGCUUUGAGGCGCCCCUCCGCCGCCGCCGUGGCCCUUUCUGGUUGCGUCUGGGAGGAAUGGUUGCGGAGUUGGUGGAUUCUCCGCUGGGGUUUUAGGAGGAUUCCGGCGGUCCGUGCUCUCGGCCGGGGUGAGUGGAGCUCCGAGGUUCUGGCCUGCCGGGUGGCCGGAUUGGGCGCUGGAGCUGCUAAUUGGUGCGUUUCUGCUGCUGCGAAACCUAUAGAUUCACGAUGUUUUUCUCUCGUGUCUCUUCUCGUUGCUUCUGUUGUUUAUUGCGUUCUGAAUUCGAGAACGGUUGGAUUUUGAAAGGGCCAUUCUUCGUUGAGGGACUUGUGGACGUAAUGUUUGAUUUUUUUUAUGUGAAAAAUUGUAUCUUUUUGUUAGUUUUGCGGUGUUUUCAUGUUGUCGUAGUCGAACAGCGGAGGAACUUGGUUUCGAAUAACGGUCUGGAUCCGGCGUAGUUUUCGUACUUGUUUGAGAAAAAGUGAAGUUUUCGUACAACCGCUCCUUUUUUAUAUAUAUUUCCUAUCAGAAUUCCAUGUGUAUGCUUCUUUUCUCUGCAGCUAAUAUCUGGAUUUCUCAGUUAGUUUCAUGACUUAUUACACUUGUCAUAGCCUUGAUGAUCUGUUAUCAGCCUUGGAUUCUAUUAAAUCAUUUGUUCAGGGUUAAAGUUUGGGCGGUAAAAGCUGCCAUUGUUCUUCUGACUUGAAAAGGGAAUGGCUUUCCCAGAUGAUGGAAAGAUGAAGGGCUGUCAGCCAAAGCUUUUUGGGACAAAAGAUAAGAAAGUCGUUAAGAAGACAGACCGUGCAAGCUGCUCCACAGCAAAAUGUGGAUCAAGUAACUCGAAGUCACCAUCUUCGUCCCCCUUCAGGAAACUUUCAGAAGUUAGGAGCAUACGCCUCAGCCAUUUUCUAAGCCACUCUUCAAACUCUACGAAAUAUGAACAUAUCAGGAUAUUUGUCUCCACGUGGAAUGUUGGAGGAAAAGCACCUACCGCUGAGUUGAAACUGGAUGACUUUCUUCCUGCUGAUGACCAUUCAGAUAUUUAUGUUUUAGGAUUUCAGGAAAUUGUCCCUCUCAAUGCUGGUAAUGUACUUGUGAUAGAAGACAACGAACCAGCUGCAAGAUGGCUUGCUCUUAUAAACCGUGCGCUAAAUAGACAAGUUGGCACUGAUGCUGAUAUUUUUCAGAAUAAACCAUCUCCCUCCCUUGAUUCAACCUCAUCCCAAUCAACGCCAGGCCUUGAUGCUUCAUCCUCCAACCGUUCAAGAACAGCUAGCGGUUCUGUAAUCUUCCAAAAGUCCUUGAAAUCCAUCAGGAAAUCUUACAUGCCAUCCCGGAGAAAACAGCUUAAAUUCUGCAAUUGCCCGGUGGAAAUGGCCAAAAAGUCCUACAAGGAUGCUUGCUUUCGGUGCCCACAAGCAUAUGCUAAUGAAAUGGACUCUUCUGAAGAGGAUGAAUUGGAUGACAAAUUGAAUGAUAUAUUUGGCCUAAGUGAUGAUGGCGUUACUUCGGCUGCUUCUGCCUCCAGGGACCAGCUUAAGUAUAACCUCAUAUCUUGCAAACAAAUGGUUGGUAUUUUUGUCACAGUAUGGGCAAAGAAAGAGCUAGUGCAGCAUAUAGGCCAUUUGAGAACGUCCUGUGUUGGUCGUGGAAUAAUGGGAUAUCUUGGAAACAAGGGAUGUAUAUCAGUAAGCAUGACACUGUAUCAGACGAGCUUUUGUUUCAUCUGCAGCCAUUUGGCUUCAGGUGAGAAAGAAGGAGAUGAGUUGAGGCGGAAUAUAGAUGUGUUAGAGAUUCUGAGGCUCACACAAUUUCGGAGGAUUUGUAGAAGAUCUGGGCGAAGAAUCCCUGAGAGAAUUCUUGACCAUGAUCGGGCAAUAUGGUUGGGGGAUCUGAACUACCGUAUUUCCUUGAGCUAUGAAGAUACCAAGAAACUUCUGACUGAAAAUAACUGGGAUGCCCUUUUUGAGAAGGAUCAGCUCAAUAUCCAGCGUGCGUCUGGAAGAGUGUUCAAGGGGUGGAGUGAGGAGAAGAUAUAUUUUGCUCCCACAUACAAGUACUCUUGCAACUCUGAUUCUUAUGCUGGAGAGACAGCCACAUCAAAGAAAAAGAGGAGAACCCCAGCCUGGUGUGAUAGAAUACUAUGGCAUGGAGAUGGUAUUGCUCAAUUAUCCUACUUCCGAGGGGAGUCUAAAUUUUCAGACCACCGUCCUGUCUGUGGAACCUUUAUCGUGGAUGUUGAAAUGCUAGAUGGCAAAUCAAAACGGCGCUCAUCAAACACUAACAUUAAAAUCGGUGCUGAAGAGCUGUUACCGAGAAGUAAGCACAGCAAAGAUUUUGGCCAGGAAGAAGUAGCUGCUACUUGCACUGGCCAGGAAGAAGCCAUCCCUUGGAUGGAUGGAGAUGACUUUUUGUCAGAUAUUCUUCUGGAUGAUGAUAACGAUGAUGCUGUUGUUGGUUCGGAUGCCAUGAACAUUCCGAGGACACAAGAAAUUGAGAGUGUCCAGGAAGUUGAUCAAGUUGAAGUUGAGGUGCAGGCAAUGAGGGAUCUCUCCGUUGCAAUGGCGGCGUGUUCUCCAUGGGCAGGGGACCGCCCUCCUGCCCUCGCGCCGCGGCUCCUCCUCGUCUCCCUCCUCACGCUCCUCGCCGACCGCUGCGGCGCUGCCCGGGCUGGCGGCAAGGGCAGCUCGGUGUACCCAGCGGCCGUCGUGUACCCGCACCACUCGCGCCAGAUCUCCUGGAAACCCAGGGUGUUCCUGUACCAGAACUUCCUCAGCUACGACGAGGCCAACCACCUCAUCUCCCUCGCUAGAGCGGAGCUCAAGAGGUCGGCAGUCGCCGAUAACAUGUCUGGCAAGAGCACGCUCAGCGAAGUCCGUACCAGCUCCGGCACCUUCCUCAGGAAAGGCCAGGAUCCAAUUGUUGCGGGUAUAGAGGACAAAAUUGCUGCAUGGACAUUCCUUCCAAAAGAGAAUGGUGAAGAUAUCCAAGUCCUAAGAUAUAAGCAUGGGGAGAAGUAUGAACCACACUAUGAUUACUUCACUGACAAUGUUAACACUCUCCGUGGUGGUCAUCGCUAUGCUACUGUUCUUUUGUACUUAACUGAUGUAGAAGGAGGGGAAACAGUUUUCCCCUUGGGCGAGGAGUUUGACGACGCUAAAGAUGCAACCUUGUCAGAGUGUGCUCAGAAAGGCAUUGCAGUGAAACCACGAAGAGGGGACGCCCUCCUUUUCUUCAACCUUAGCCCAGAUGGCACCACCGAUUCAGUGAGCCUCCACGCUGGAUGCCCGGUCAUAAAGGGCGAGAAAUGGUCAGCUACAAAGUGGAUCCGUGUGGCAUCGUUUGACAAGGUACAUCACACACGAGGCAAUUGCACCGACGAGAACGAGAGCUGCGAGAAAUGGGCAGCUCUGGGAGAGUGCAUAAAGAACCCAGAGUACAUGGUGGGAAUCGCAGCGUUGCCCGGUUACUGUCGGAGGAGCUGCAACGUGUGUUAGCAACUUAGCGUCAGGAUACGAGAAAGUGGGCUCAUUGGAACCGUCUACCUUGACUCAAGGAACAGGUUACACCGAGUUGAUUCACAAGGUUUGGCCUGGAUUCUACCGUUUUAUUCUUUUGCUGCUCCUGAUUAGAUACUGGUUCUUCAGUGGUAACCAGGCAGGAGCCGAAAGACAACUCUUUGUUAGUGCUUACCACAUAGUUGUAUCCACAGUCUAUGCUGGAUGGAGAUGUAUUCAGAACAAGUUUAGUGCAGUAUGAUUUACUUAUUUAUUAGAUUGCGUUGUGUCUGCUUGAUCAUAAUUUGUGCCAGAAUUCAAAAACAACUGGAUCCAUUGUCAUCUGUAAUCUUUCUUGAUGAGUGGUGUAAAUUUUCCGGUAACCCCGCAAA